AUGACAAACAUAGCCAAACUUGAGUUAAUCGCCCUUGACAUCUCGAGCAAGAAUUACAUGUCAUGGACUCUUGAUGCUGAUGUUCACCUGAUCUCAAGGGAUCUAGGAGAUACUAUAAAAGAAGGAAACAAAGUGUCUGAACAAGAUCACGUUAAGACACUAAUAUUCAUUCGCCAUAACCUUUAUGAUGACCUUAAGAUAGAGUAUCUGACAGUCAAAGAUCCACAAGAAUUGUGGGCGAACCUCAAAGAAAGGUUUGAUCAUCAAAAGACUGUCGUCCUUCCUAAAGUUCGUUAUGAGUGGAUGCAUCUAAGACUGCAAGACUUUAAGUCUGUGAGUACUUAUAAGUCUGUGAGUGCUUAA